AUGGACAUCAAUUUCUCCCCCGAAGCCUUCACCAUCACACACCUCCAUCGCUGCCCGAAUCUGGUUAUAAAAUCGGACACUCCGAAAGGCCGCGGCGUCUUCGCCAGCGCUCCCAUACCCGCAAAAACCAUCAUAGACGUGUGUCCCGUGCUGGUACUCGGCUUGGAGGAGAACAAGGAGCAUAUAGAGAAGAGCUCAUUGUACCAUUAUACGUACAACUGGCCCAUCCCCAUAUCCUCCCCUUCCCCCUCCUCCUCUUCCCCCUCCCCAUCCGGCCCCCACUCGCCCAAAACCGAAACCCACCAAGCCCUCAUUCUCGGCCUGGGCUCCAUGUUCAACCACUCGACGCACAGCCAAAACGUCGUCUGGGAGCGCGACAUCGUCCGCCAGAUCGUCACCUACCGCGCCUUGCGCGACAUCGCCGAGGGCGAGGAGUUAUGCAUAUCCUACGGCAGCCAUCUGACCUUCAAGGACGUCGACGCCCCCUCCGUCAACGUCGUGGAUGAAGAUAUCAACCAGCUCAACCAAAUCCAGCUCGACUAA